CAAGGAGGCGAUUGGCUUUGUGGCAGGGAUGGUAAACCUGGUAUAAGACUGGUACCACUGGUAUCGGCUGCGAUGACACUAUACACCGUUUUGUCUACAUACAUCCACUGAUUUAUACAUAUGUACAUAAGAAUAUGCUGGAUGCGUACGUUUAUAUAAUGGUAGCGUACGGGAAAGUGAGAGCAUUGAAUCGUCGACUGUCAAGAGCCGCGCUAGCAAAAAUGCGGGUUGGGUUAUUAUCAGCUGACUUCGGUCUCCGCCACCUCCUACUCCUCCUUGGCAUCGUUCUUCUUCAUCUUCCAGAUAACCUCAUGGCAGAACCAUGUCCAGCUGCGAAUUGCUUAUCAGCUGAGAAGUGUGAAUCAACCUGGGUCGGUGCAGUUUGCCAAGAUAGUAAUCUACAAUGCUGCAGUAUAGUAAAAGAAGAAUACAGAACCCAGUGCCGUCAUCACGGGGGUGAAUGCAUGAACAGAUGCAGCCCAGUUGUACAAAGACCAGCAGUCGACUGUCCAGGUCAACUCUGUUGCGUUCUUGUAUAAUUGAUAUUGAAGAUCCCAACGACUAAAACUAACAAUAAGAAGACAUGGAAAAGGAAGCACAAGAGACUUAAGCAUAAAUCAAAAUGAUAAAAAUCAUCGUAAUGGUACAAAGCUACGAGUCUGAUAUUCGCUAUAGGAUCGCAAUAUCGUUGAUUGUACAAGAAAACAAGAAGAAGAAAAAAAAAGUAAGAAAAUACAGAUCGAGGUUCGCUACGAGAAAAUCAUGAAGGCGGAAGAAGGCAAACGUCUCUCUUUGCGAAGCGGACAUAGCGAAUUUCAUAUCUUUAAUCUGUACAUUGCGCAAUGUCCACGUAUCGUAGACACCCAUACGUUACUUUCUACGUUCGUUUGUAAUUGCAACGAUACAAUGAUAACAAUUCUGAGCCUAAUAGCUUUAAAUAAAAAAGUUACAAUAUAUAUAUAUA